CCAUCCAGGAACUCGAGCAUUUGUUGUUGUCACUGAGCUAAGAUGGUGUUACAUGGAUCCUGGUGGCUUCUGGCUGGCUGUCUUCUGUCCUGGGAGCUUGGGAUUCUGGUCCACCAGUCAGAAUCACGGGCAAUAAUUGUGAGGAUCUUGUAUGACAACGAGCUCUCAUAUGCAGAUAAUGUCAUGGUUGAAAACUCAGUGGCUGUAAUUUACAUCCUGCCUCUGGAGCGUCUGAAGAACCUGAUGGAGGAUAUGGAGAACAAGGACUUGAAUGCAAUUCUCCAAGUGUGUGAGCUUCUUGCUAAGGAUUCUAAUUUGUACCAAGUCUACAUAGAUGCUGGAUUCUUCAAAAGACCCCAGAUACUGAAAGAAUUGGUCAAGAGAUGUCCAAUAACUGCCAUGAAAAAUAUGAUCUCAGUUUCCAGCAGAUAAACAUUAAGGAUGAUGAAGCAACUUUCUGGCUAUCUUAAUCUCCAGUGCUAAACCCAACCCACAGCGAGUGCAAAGCAUUACAAACAAGGCUGUGCUCUGUAUGCCAUUUUGACCUCUUGAGUCACAACAUAACUGCAAAAGGCCAACCCUAUCUCAAAGAACUAGUCACUUGCUUAAAGUGCACAGCUCCCCUUCCUCUCUCCUCCUAGCUUGGUGAAAGGUUCCUACUCCGUAAAAGAGGCACACUUGCUUCGUGUGAGCUCCUCUCAGUUUCUCUGAAAUAAACCCACCUGCAUUUGA